AUGGGAAUUUUUUUGGAUAAAGAUACGUUUGUGUCAGAAUGGAAAUCUACUGAAAGAGUUAAAUUUAUCGUUGAUUAUAAACGUUUAGAUAUUAAAAUUAUUUUUGGUUUUGGUAAUUACACAUUCAGAUUAGAAGUACAGUUUAAAGACAUAGACGUUAAUAUUUGUGCUGAACUUGACGAUUCAGAUAAUGAAUCAAGAGCUAUUUUAACUGUGCCUAGUAAAUAUCCUGCCAAAUUUUGGAUGUUGGAUGAAUUUUCGAAACCAAAAAACAAAUUCAAAUGGAACAUUAAUGAAAAUUGGUUUAGGAAAACAGAGAUUCGUACUGAGCCUCGAUCACCCCAUGAAAAGUCGUUGCCUCUGCAGUUGCAUGUUGGAAAUGAUCAAUUUGGCAGAUGGACUGUUUACAGAGUGUCAUUUGAUUUAACCACUGUUGAAGGAGGCUUUAAAAGAUUUAGAGGAAUGAUUAGGAAAGCUGUCGAAUUCCGCCUCACAAAUGGCCAAUUUAACAGACUUUUAAGGGUGGUUAAAAGCAAUCAAUUAAACAAAUGUUUGGAUUAUUCAAUUUUAAAAUUUGAUGUUCUAUACAUGCUUCAAAGCGCUAUAUCACAUAAUUAUUUAAACGAAUAUACUAUAAAUUAUGAAUUUAUCAAUUUAUUGGCGGCUCAAAAAACAGAUAACGCUGUUUGUAUUUUGGAAUCCAUUUCAAGUCGUAAAAGACCAAUUUAUGAUCCUUUAACAUUUUUAAAAAAUGAAAUUAUCAAACAAAAAAAUAUCGAAAGAAGACCUAAAGUAGUUCCUGAAUAUUGUGUAUUGAUGCGCAAAGCAGUUGUCACGCCAACCACAUAA